AUGCGUUUUUCUUCUUUGCUCGCCUGCCUAGGUGCAGUCGGCAUUCAAGCCGCUGCUAUACCAUUCCAAAGGCGUGUUGAUAACACUACCGACAGUGGAAGUCUUGAUGCUGCUCAAGCUGCGGCUGCUAUAGUCGAUGGCUACUGGCUAAACGAUCUCUCCGGCAAAGGCAGAGCCCCUUUUAACAGCAACCCGAACUACAAGGUCUUCCGAAAUGUCAAGGAUUACGGAGCGAAGGGUGACGGUGUCACUGACGACUCUGAUGCCUUCAACCGUGCCAUCUCUGACGGCAGCCGUUGCGGCCCAUGGGUUUGCGACUCGUCAACUGACAGCCCAGCUGUUGUUUACGUGCCUUCUGGAACCUAUCUCAUCAACAAGCCCAUCAUCUUCUACUACAUGACUGCUCUCAUCGGUAACCCCCGCGAACUUCCCGUCCUCAAGGCUGCAUCUUCACUCCAAGCUCUUGCUCUGAUCGACGGAAGCCCCUACAGCAACCAAAACGGUGAGCCCGGCUGGAUCUCAACCAACUUGUUCUUGCGCCAAAUCCGCAACUUGAUCAUCGAUGGCACUGCUGUUGCACCAACAUCGGGUUUCCAGGCUAUCCAUUGGCCCGCCUCUCAAGCCACCACGAUCCAAAAUGUCAAGAUCCGCAUGACACAGGCGUCCAACUCUGUUCACGCUGGUAUCUUUGUCGAGAAUGGAUCUGGCGGUCAUAUGGCCGACCUCGACAUCACCGGUGGUCUGUACGGCAUGAACAUUGGCAAUCAGCAGUUCACCAUGCGUAACGUCAAGAUCUCCAAGGCUGUCGUCGGUAUCUCACAAAUCUGGAACUGGGGCUGGCUGUACUCUGGUCUCCAGAUCAGCGACUGCGGCACUGCUUUCUCCAUGGUUAACGGUGGCUCUGCUGGCAAACAGGAGGUUGGCUCCGCCGUCAUCAUCGAUUCUGAGAUUACCAACUGCCAAAAGUUUGUCGACUCAGCAUGGUCGCAGACCAGCAACCCUACCGGUUCCGGCCAGCUCGUCAUUGAGAACAUCAAGCUCACCAACGUUCCCGCUGCUGUUGUCAGCAAUGGCGCCACUGUCCUCGCUGGCGGCUCUCUUACCAUCCAGACCUGGGGUCAGGGCAACAAGUACGCACCCAACGCAUCUGGCCCAUCCAAGUUCCAGGGCGCCAUCAGCGGUGCCACUCGUCCCACUGGUCUCCUCCAGAACGGCAAGUUCUACUCCAAGUCGAAGCCACAGUACGAGACUCUCAGCACUUCAAGCUUUAUCAGUGCCCGCGGUGCAGGUGCAACCGGUGAUGGUGUCACUGACGACACACGCGCCGUCCAGGCUGCCGUCACUCAGGCCGCGUCUCAGAACAAGGUCCUCUUCUUCGAGCACGGCGUCUACAAGGUCACCAACACCAUCUACGUUCCCCCCGGCUCCCGCAUGGUCGGUGAGAUCUUCUCCGCCAUCAUGGGCUCUGGCAGCACCUUCGGCGACCAAGCCAACCCCGUCCCCAUUAUCCAAAUCGGCAAGCCCGGCGAGUCCGGCAGCAUCGAGUGGUCCGACAUGAUUGUCCAGACCCAAGGCGCAACCCCAGGAGCCAUCGUCAUCCAGUACAACCUCAACACGGCCCUUGGCUCCGGUCUCUGGGACGUCCACACCCGCAUCGGCGGCGCAAAGGGAACCAACCUCCAAGUCGCCCAGUGCCCCGCGGUCCUCGGCCAAGUCAAGCCCGAAUGCUUCUCUGCGCACACCAACGUGCACGUAACUAAGGGCGCCAACGGCGCCUACUUUGAAAACAACUGGUUCUGGACCGCCGACCACGACCUCGACGACGCAGACUCGACCCGCAUCAACAUCUACACCGGCCGCGGCUUCCACGUCGAAGCAAACAACGUCUGGAUCUGGGCAAACGGCGCAGAGCACCACACCAUGUACCAGUACCAAUUCAACGCCGCCCAAGACAUCUUCGCAGGCUACAUCCAAACCGAGACCCCCUACUUCCAACCCACACCCAUCGCACCCCUUCCUUACGUCUCCUCUUCCAAAUACUCCGACCCCGUUUACUCCUCCUCGCAAACAUCAGCCUGGGGCCUCCGCUUGCUCGACGCAAAAAACGUACUCAUCUACGGCGGCGGCCUCUACUCCUUCUUCGACAACUACGACGUCGGAUGCUCUUCUCCCACCGCCCCCAACGGCUUCCGCGACUGCCAGACCCGCAUUCUGAGCAUCGAGGGAUCGACGAGUGUCCAGGCGUUUGGAUUCAGCGAGGUUGGUGUCGAGUGGAUGGUUACGGCCGCUGGUCAGGAUAAGGCGAAUUGGAAGGAUAAUCUAAGUGUUUAUCCUACUACCAUUGGGUAUUUGAGCUAUGGGUUUUAA